UUUCCUGGCUGUAAGAAAACUUGACGUGAUGGUCGGGUCCUCGAGACUUGUGGAGCUCUCGUUUCAUGUAGACUCCACCAUGGAGAGAAAACAGAGGCUCGGGAAGGACCUAUAGAGGAAUACCUCACGAUCUUACCUUACGAUGGAAUUUAAAAAGUCACCUGAUGGUGGAUGGGGCUGGGUGAUUGUGCUUGUCUCCUUUUUCACUCAGUUUUUGUGUUAUGGAUCACCAUUGGCUGUUGGAGUCCUGUACAUAGAAUGGCUGGACACCUUUGGUGAAGGGAAAGGAAAAACAGCCUGGGUCGGAUCUCUUGCAAGUGGAGUUGGCUUGCUUGCAAGUCCUGUCUGCAGCCUCUGUGUCUCGUCUUUUGGAGCAAGACCUGUGACAAUCUUCAGUGGCUUCAUGGUAGCUGGAGGCUUGAUGUUGAGCAGUUUUGCUCCCAAUCUCUACUUUCUGUUUUUUUCCUAUGGUAUUGUUGUCGGACUCGGAUGUGGUUUACUGUACACGGCAACAGUGACCAUUACGUGCCAGUAUUUUGACAGCCACCGAGGCCUUGCCCUUGGCCUGAUUUCAACAGGUUCAAGUGUUGGACUUUUUAUAUAUGCUGCUCUGCAGAGGUUGCUGAUUGAGUUCUAUGGGCUGGAUGGAUGCCUGCUGAUUGUGGGUGCCUUAGCUUUAAAUAUAUUAGCCUGUGGCAGCCUGAUGAGACCCCUCGAAUCUUCUAAUUGCCCUUUGCCUGAAAAAACAGCUCUGGAAAGUAUACCAGAUCAAUACUCCAUUUACAGUGAAAAAGAAAAGGACCUGGAGGAAAACACAAACAUUCUUGGAAAGAGCUACAGUGCCGAGGAAACAUGCAAGAGCAUCUUAGCCAGUGGUGGCCGGAAACAGGAGAGUCUGCUUCAUAAAAACCCAACAAUGGCACACGCAAAAGAGGCUGAGACGUACAAAAAGAAAGUUGCAGAACAGACAUAUUUUUGCAAACAGCUUGCCAAGAGGAAGUGGCAAUUAUAUAAAAACUACUGUGGAGAAACUGUGGCUCUUUUUAAAAACAAAGUAUUUUCAGCGCUCUUCAUUGCAAUCUUUCUUUUUGACAUCGGAGGAUUCCCACCUUCGUUACUUAUGGAAGAUGUGGCAAGAAGUUCAAAUGUGAAAGAAGAAGAGCUUAUUAUGCCUCUUAUUUCCAUUAUUGGCAUUAUGACAGCAGUUGGUAAACUCCUUUUAGGAAUACUGGCUGACUUCAAGUGGAUUAAUACCUUAUAUCUUUAUGUAGCUACCUUAAUAAUCAUGGGCCUGGCCUUGUGUGCAAUUCCAUUUGCCAAAAGUUAUGUCACAUUGGCAAUACUUUCUGGGAUUCUAGGGUUUCUGACUGGUAAUUGGUCCAUCUUCCCAUAUGUGACCACAAAAACUGUGGGAAUUGAAAAAUUAGCCCAUGCUUAUGGGAUAUUAAUGUUCUUUGCUGGACUUGGAAAUAGCCUUGGACCACCAAUUGUUGGUUGGUUUUAUGACUGGACCCAGACAUACGACACUGCGUUUUAUUUCAGUGGCUUCUGCGUCCUGCUGGGAGGCUUCAUCCUGUUGCUGGCCGCCUUGCCCUCCUGGGACACAUGCAACAAGCUGCUGCCUAAGCCAGCUCCAACAACCUUUCUGUACAAAGUUUCCUCUAAUGUUUAGAGGAAUAUUGGAAGGCACUACAGACUGUUUUCUCAUAGCAAAAUUUCACUGUGGCUGAUUCUGAAUGAUUUUUUUUUUUUAACAAAUCCUAUUCUCUAUGUACUGUAUAUAUGGCUUCUAUCUCCUGUAUAUAUAUUUUUUCCCUUUUUUCUUUUUUCAAGAAGUGGGACUAUUCUGUUUUACUAUUACUUCUGAGUUCUUGAUGUUGUAAAAAUUUUGGCCCACCUCGAAAGGCUAUCUCUGUGUAAAGAGAUAUAAUUUCUCUGUAGGAUCCUUUAGUUCCACUGCAAGGCACCCAGAGGGGGGCUCUUCUAUUUUAAACCUGAAUCAGGCAGCAUGAUGAGAUACAUACGAAGGCCUCUAUGGGCCUAAAUCCGUCUCUUCUCUAUAGUAGACCUGCUAGUAUGUGAAAAUAUUUACAAAAAUGGCAUUAAGAAUUCCAGUGGAGCAAGCCGAUCUUUCUUUUUCAAAGCUAUUUUAAAUUACAGUCACUAGUUUUCACUAUUUGGUUUUAUUUACCUUGAGGCAGCACCCCAUGUUUGGACUCACUGAGUUUAAAUUGUUUCAGUUCCUAAGGUGUUUGCUGAGAGGAAGGCAGUCUCCAAGCAGGAGCACUCACCAUAGCCUUGCUUCAUGAUUGGCUGCCAUAACCAUGCUCACUUUUCUGUCAGCAUCCACUCAACUGAUGUUUCUCAGAAAGUGCUGAUUUUACCUGUUUCCAAAUUGGAAAUGUGCAAACCAUUCCGUUCUGGCAAAUGGGAAACAUCCAUCUGCUUUGGGCACAGUGGGGAUGAGUCACAAAUCCUUGCAUAACUUUUCAACAAAGCGUUUAUUUGCCACUAUCAGAUUUUACCACUAUUAAAUUUUAAUUCAAGGGCAGAACUAAAAUUGUGUGUGUGUGUGUGUGUGUGUGUGUGUGUACUCCAAGUCUGUAUGAGACAUAGAAAGAGAAUAAGGAAUGGCAAUAAGAAACUGAUACCCUGAUCCAACUUUAUUCAAUCUCAAGAUUUUGGAAGAAAAUCAAUGUUUAAUAAAUGGACAUUUUUCUAAAGAAAUAUUUUUUUAACUUUGCUAUAUGUUGGCAUCUUCUGGAUCCUUUAAAAAAAUAUAGUUGCCUGAGUACUACUCAUAGAGAUUUUAAUUCUAUAGGUCUAGGCUGUGGGCCAAGCAACAGUAUUUUUAGUGAACUCUUGAAGGAAUUUUAACAGCACAGCCAGGUGGAGAAUGGUAGUUAUAAGACUGGCAAUGGGAAAACAAUCAUUCUCUUAAAUCCUAACAAAAAAGCAGUUUAUUGAAGUGAGGAGGGUUUUAUAAAUAGCCAACUGUGGUUCUUUAAAUAGGACGCACUUUUCUUAUUGUGCCAAAAUUGUCUUUUCAUUUCUUUUGAAAUAUGUAAGAUUUUAUACUUCUAUGUUGCCUUUCUUGGAAGGCGCCUGAAGCACUUUAUAAGCAUGAAGGCCCACCACACCUCAGUGAGGUAGGUAGAUAGUGCUUUUCUAUGCAGUAAACCCGGAGUGUGGGGCAAUUUCACAACUGAGUUAACCCUACUCAAUAAUGCAAUAAUGGGACUCCAAAGUGCCUUGGACUUCUACACCGUACUCAGACUUCUGGAAAGUUUUCUGUACCUCAUUCUUUAGUGACUGUCAAGGUUAAGAAAUAAAAGAGGUGACAUUUUUAAAAAGUUAAAGUAAAUAUUUUUGUGUUGAAAGUUCCUUUGUGCCAACAUUAUAUUCAGGACAUCCUAUAACCUGAAAAAUUAGUUUAACUUUCAUGACAUCCCCACAUUCAUCAAUGUUGAUAAUUGUCCAAAUGCAUCUUCACUUUGUCUACUAAUGUCAUCCAGUGUGUGCAUUUUCCAUUGUCUAGGGAAUGAAUUUUUCAUUACAAUAAAAUAUUUCUUUGGUUUGUUUUGCA